AUUAAUUGUAAGUUUAGAGUGUAGGUAUUGGCCUCAACUUCCGAUUAAUUGAUAUCAUUUUAGUUUAAGCUCCAUUCUUCCAACUUCGCCCUUCCCCCCAAUUAUCCCAAUUGGCCAUCACACAACGCAGAUGGCGUCGCUAUAUCGCAUUGUCGGCUGCGGCGCCAGGCGUCUGCAGUUCGCGAAGCCAACGAUAAAACCAGCAUUCCGCGCAUUUUCACAGACUGCCCUGCGCAAGGCCGACCAGUUACCCUACCAGGGCACCACCCUCCAACCCGUCGAUGCCGACUUCGCCCACCCCUCGGAUCCUUAUGGCCUCCAACGUCAUCAGGACGGAACCGUCGAAGCAUCCCGCGACGAAAGUAUAUCUGGCCGGAAGGUCCGCCACUAUACCGUCAACUUCGGUCCCCAGCAUCCCGCCGCCCACGGUGUGCUUCGGUUAAUUCUCGAGCUGAACGGAGAGGAGAUUGUUCGAUCCGACCCCCACGUCGGAUUACUUCACAGAGGAACGGAGAAGUUGAUCGAGUACAAGACCUACGUACAGGCCCUACCGUAUUUCGACCGAUUAGAUUACGUCUCCAUGAUGACCAACGAGCAAUGCUUCUCCCUCGCCGUAGAGAAGUUACUAAACGUGGAAAUCCCGGAGCGAGCCAAGUACAUCCGAACCCUAUUCGGAGAGAUUACGAGAAUUCUUAACCACCUUAUGUCUGUCCUAUCACACGCCAUGGACGUCGGUGCUUUAACGCCUUUCUUAUGGGGUUUCGAGGAACGAGAGAAGUUGAUGGAAUUCUACGAACGUGUAUCUGGAGCCCGUAUGCAUGCUGCAUAUGUCAGACCCGGCGGUGUUCACCAGGAUAUCCCAUUUGGCCUUCUAGAUGAUAUCUAUCAAUGGGCAACGCAGUUUGGCGAUCGAAUUGACGAGACCGAGGAAAUGUUGACGGAUAACCGAAUCUGGAUCGAAAGAUUGAGAGGUGUUGGUGUGGUUUCCGCCGAGGAGGCCCUCAAUCUCUCCUUUACUGGUGUCAUGCUGCGAGGUUCGGGUGUACCGUGGGAUGUUCGUAAGAGCCAGCCGUAUGACGCGUACGAUAAGGUCGAGUUUGAUGUCCCCGUUGGAAUUAAUGGUGACUGCUAUGACCGAUACUUGUGUCGAAUGGAGGAGUUCCGCCAGUCUCUCCGAAUUAUCCACCAAUGCCUAAACCAGAUGCCUGCAGGACCCGUCCGAGUUGAAGACUACAAGAUAUCGCCACCCCCGCGAGCAGCCAUGAAGGAGAACAUGGAAGCUCUCAUCCACCACUUCUUGCUCUAUACCAAGGGCUACGCUGUCCCUCCCGGUGAGACUUAUUCAGCCAUUGAGGCGCCCAAGGGAGAAAUGGGUGUGUACCUGGUGAGCGAUGGCAGCGAGAGACCAUACCGAUGCCACAUUCGUGCGCCUGGUUUUGCGCACCUGGGUGGCUUUGAUCAGGUCGCCAGGGGGCAUUUGAUCGCCGAUGCUGUAGCUAUUAUCGGCACGAUGGAUCUAGUGUUUGGCGAAGUCGAUAGGUGAUGUGCCUAUUUAAAUAUAGUAGGCUAGACUUAAGAAGAAAGAAGAGCAAAAGAAAAAGGCUUUUUUUUUUGUGAUGCAAAUCAUAAGACAUCGUU